AUAAAAUAUGCAAAAGGCAAACAGCAAACGGUUUAUGUAAUGACAAAAAGCACGUGCACAAUUUAGAUAACAUCUUCUUACGUUUCCAAUUUAGUGGCUUUUAAGGUUAGUGUUACCGUCGCUUUAACCUUAUCUCAAGUGCCAUUAAAAACAUCCAAAAAUCUCAACAUGUUUGCCAUUAGAUAUUACAAUAAUAAACUUAGGUGACAUUCAGCACGGAUAACCUUUACUAGGAUGCUUUUUUUUGACACGAUGAGACACGAUAGAUAAUAUUUGUCAGGUGUGCUUUGCGUACAAAUAAAGCAGUUUCCAAUACUAUAAGUAAAGAUUCUCACUCCAACAGUAUAAAUAGGUGCCAUGGGGACGAAUGCAAGCAUCCCGAAAUCAAAUCAUAUAUCUCUCUUGCACUCUUUAUAUCUACCUUACUCCCUCUUCUUCUGUUAAGAAAAAUGUCAAACCCUCCUUACAUCAAUGCUGCAUUUCGUUCAUCAAUAGAAUAUGAAGUGUAUUUCUUCGCCAAGAACAUGUACGUGCGGUUGCAUUACACUCCCGGAGGAACUGAUGACAAGAUUUUGACCAGUCUGCGUUUGAUUAGUAGUGGUUUUCCAUCACUUGCAGGAACGCCAUUUGCAGAACCUGGAAUAGACUGUUCCUUUGACACUGAAGCGAGUGAAGCAUAUGUGUUCUCCGGCAACCUCUGUGCCUACAUAGACUACGCUCCAGGUACAACAAAUGACAAGAUACUCGCAGGUCCUACAACAAUUGCUCAAAUGUUUCCUGUCCUAAAAAACACGGUGUUUGCUGAUGGCAUAGACUCUGCAUUUAGAUCAACAGAAGGAAAAGAAGUUUACUUAUUCAAGGGCAAUAAGUAUGUUCGAAUAGCCUAUGAUUCGAAGCAGCUUGUUGGCAACAUUCGCAACAUCAGUGAUGGGUUUCCUGUUCUGUAUGGUACCAUCUUUGAAAGUGGAAUUGAUGCGUGUUUUGCUUCUCACGUGGAGUCUGAAGCUUACCUUUUCAAAGGAGACAAGUAUGUGCGUAUCAAAUUCACUCCAGGUCAAACAGAUGACACUCUUGUCGGUGAUGUCACGCCUAUCCUUGAUGGUUGGCCCGUUCUUAGAGGCAUUUUGCCUGUCAGCUAAACAAGCCUUCACUCUCAUGCAUCAACCACCUUGGCCUCGUCACAAUCAAUAAGGCUUUCAUUUCCAACGUUUGUUUUCUUUGUCUUUAAUGUAACAUUAGGAUUGGAAGCAUAUUUCCUUUCCUAACGUAACAAGUCUGAAUGUUUGUCUUUCCUUUUCUGUACAGCAUGUUUGUUUCCUAUCAUCGUGUACUUUGUCCACUUAAUAAAACUGGGUGGUUUGGUU